AUGCUGAUGGGUUAUUUUCCUCAUCAAUCAAUUCAGCUGACUCAUAUCCGAAUAAAAUUAAAUCAAUACGACGGUUGUCUCCGUUUACUUAAUCAGUUGGGUUCGCAACUCUGUUCAUUCGCUAUUAGUAUUGUAUAUGUUUGCCUACACGAAGUUGAUAUUUUCUCUCAAAUAACAUCGAUUUCAUGUUUCUAUUUGAAAAAUUUGACAGUGACAAUCUGUCUGAAUAUUGUUAACUAUCAAGAAUCUAUUGAUAUAACAAUAACUACACUAGAUCAUGUUGUUGAUGGAUUUGAUUUAAAGACAGAUAUUGUUUCAUACGUGGCUAAUUUACGUCAAUUUAAUUUUCACAUUCGUUCAAUAUUAGAAAACGCUUCUCAAAUAGAAAUUGAUACAAUUCGUCAAAGUUUUGUGAAACUUCAACAAGAACCUGUUGAUUUUUCAAUCAAAUAUUUCAAUAAUACCUAUGGUCAAGGUCAAAUCUAUUCGCUUCCAUUUAUUGGCAAUCGUCUUGAUUUCAUUUCAAAUCGAUUUCCACUCUUCGAUAUUAAUAACACGUUCUCAAUAGUUACUAUAUUAUUACUUUUAUGA